AUGGUUCAGAAAUUAGAGAAACAAAUCUUCUGUAGCGCCCUUAUUAAAAAUUUUGUAGAACUUCUAGGUUGUCAACCUGCCAUUGACUCCAGCAUCUCGAUAAGCACCUGCAUGCUUGACCUCUGUAGGGGUGAAGCUGUGAACACGUAUCUUUGCAGCACUCUUCAAGGCUUGGCUGAUAUCUGUCAGAGGUCUGGGGCCAAAGCAGGUUCCAACUGGAGGAUUUCUACUCAAUGCCCUACACCCAAGUGCCCAGAAAACAGCAACUAUGAAUUCUGUGGGAGUGGCUGUCCUGCUACAUGUGCAAACCCAAACCCUCCUACAAAAUGCAACGUCACCUGUGUGGAGACGUGUGUCUGUAAAGACGGCUUUGUGCUCAGUGGCACCAAGUGUGUCCCCAAGGCUCAGUGCGGCUGCUUGUACGAAGGUCACUAUGUGGAAGCCGGAGCCUCCUUCUGGGGUGAUGAGACCUGCAAGAAACGCUAUACCUGCUCCGCUGGUGGAAAUUUGUCUUACAACGAGACUAGAUGUCCGGCCGGGCAGCAGUGCCAAGUGGUGGAGGGGAUUAGAGGUUGCUAUCCGGUCAACUACGCCACGUGUAUGGUAUCUGGUGACCCACAUUUUGUGACCUUUGACGGGGAGCGUUACAACUUCCAGGGCACCUGUGCGUAUCAGAUGGCUGGCGUCUCCUCAAAUCAAACCAGCCUGGAACAUUUUAGUGUUGUGUUGCAGAAUAAUGGUCAAGAUAAGAAGAUCGGGUCCGUUGUCAAGCUGGUGGAGGUCAAAGUGUACGGGUACACCAUCAUCAUCAGUAAAGAUAACCCUGCCGCAGUUGUGGUUAACGGUGAGCUCUCCAACCUCCCUAUGACUCUGAACAGCAAUAAGCUCCAGCUUUACAGGAACGGCUGGUUUGCUGUAAUCGAGAUAGACUCUGGAGUGAAAGUGUACUACGACUGGAACAGUAUAGCAUUCGUCACCGUUCCCAGUAAGUACAUGGGCGCGAUGCAAGGUCUUUGUGGCAAUUACAACCUCAACCCCAAAGACGACAUGCAGAUGAGAGAUGGGAAACAAGCCGUCGCUUCUGAGGAGCUCGGUCAAAGCUGGAAAGUCGCCACGAUCCCCGGCUGCGUAGACGGCUGCAGCGGCCCCUGCCCCAGCUGUAACACCACUCAGAAAGAAACCUACAACACCAACAGUUACUGUGGCAUCAUCAGCGACCCUGCAGGCCCGUUCCGUGACUGCCAUUCCAAUGUCGACCCCACGGGUUUCCUCAAUGACUGCGUGUAUGAUGUCUGUCUUUACCAGGGAAGCAGGAACAUGCAGUGCAAGACUUUGACCGCCUACACAGCCGCCUGCCAGCUGAAAGGUGCCACAGUGUACUCCUGGAGAUGCUCAGUGCCCAUCAAGUAG